ACCAUCCAUUGGAAUGUAGAUAGCAUGAGCAAAGGUAGCUAUUAGCGGGAGUAGCAGCUUGUUCUUAGGACAAAACUCUCUCGUCCCUCGUCGGUGGCAGCCAGGCUAAAACGAUGCUUUCUGCAGCUGUUUUUGGCCACCACCUCACCUGGAUCAACUCUGCUACACUGCCGGUUAUCAAUGUCAGUUCGUUCAGAUUCCAGAAUCGAGCUGUACCCGUACACUUCUCCCUCUCCGCAAACCUUUCCGUCGGCAAUGACAUUAGAGGUGACAGAAACAGACAUUCAAUCCACCUUGAUAGCCUCAGAGCGCUGGAAUGGGAUAAACUCUGUGAUUCCGUUGCUUCCUUCGCCCGCACUUCACUGGGCCGUCAAGCUAUCAAGGCCCAACUUUGGUCUUUGAACCGGACCUAUGAAGAAAGCUUGAGACUUUUGGAUGAGACUAAUGCGGCAGUAGAAAUGCACAAGCAUGGUGGCUGCAGCUUGGAUUUAAGUGGCGUCGACCUUCGGCUGGUGAAAUCUGCAAUGGAACAUGCUCAAAGGAGUCUUCCAAUGGAUGGAAAUGAAGCAGUUGCUAUUGCAGCUCUUCUACAGUUUGCUGAUAUGUUGCAAUUUAAUUUGAAAACUGCAAUCAAAGAAGAUGCGGAUUGGUCUACACGUUUUAUGCCCCUAACAAAAGUGAUAAUGGGAAUGGUUGUAAAUCAAUCAUUGAUUAAACUGAUACUGAAUGUUGUAGAUGAAGAUGGCUCAGUCAAAGAUUCUGCGAGUUCUGCCUUAAGGCAAUCUCGAGAUCAAGUUCGAAAGCUUGAAAAAAAGCUAUGUCAGUUAAUGGACAGCCUAGUUAGGAACGCAAAGAGUGGAACAUCCUUUAUGGAAGUAGGAAUUGUUGAUGGAAGGUGGUGUAUAAAGUCAGAGGGUGUUCAAUUGAUGGAUGUUAAGGGUCUCCUGUUGUCCAGUGCUGCAGGGAUUGGUACCAUCCUAGAGCCACUCUCUGCUGUUCCUUUAAAUGAUGAGUUGCAACAAGCAAGGGCAGCAGUGGCAAAAGCUGAGGAAGAUGUUCUCUUUAUGCUAACUGAAAAAGUGAAAAUGGAUUUUGAAGAUAUUAAUAAACUCAUUCGCUGUAUAAUUGAAUUGGAUGUGGUCAAUGCGCGAGCAUCUUAUGGUCUUUCAUUUGGGGGGGCAUGUCCCAAUUUAAUCUUACCAGGUGGGUGCAACUCUUCUAUUGCUAAUGUCUACUUAUCAGGGGACCAAAUAUCUGAGGCAUCACACCCAAAGGAGAACAAAUGGGUCCUCUAUUUACCCAAUGCCCAUCACCCUUUACUAACUCAGCAAUAUAGAGAAAGUUUGGAAAAUGCCAAGAGGGAUGUUCGAAAUGCUGUUACUGAGAUAGGGAGAAAACUUCCUGGGGGUAAUAUGUCAUGGAAAGAAAAAGAAGUUGCCGAUAUUUCAUUAUUAAAAAUGAAGGUUGAACAAUUGGAGCAAGCUCGUCCUGUUUCGGUUGAUUUUGCAAUAUCUCACAGAAUUCGAGUUUUAGUUAUAACUGGCCCUAAUACUGGGGGCAAGACAGUUUGUUUGAAGACCAUUGGAUUGGCAGCCAUGAUGGCGAAAUCAGGGCUUCAUGUUUUAGCUUCAGAGUCUGUACAAAUCCCUUGGUUUGAUUCUGUUCUUGCUGAUAUCGGUGAUGAACAGUCCCUAACCCAAUCUUUGUCCACCUUUUCUGGCCAUUUGAGGAAAAUAAGUGAGAUACAGUCAGUUUCAACUAGUCAGUCGUUGGUACUACUGGAUGAAGUUGGUGCAGGGACCAAUCCUCUGGAGGGAGCCGCACUUGGGAUGUCACUGCUGGAAUCUUUUGCUAAAUGUGGAGCUGCAUUGACAAUCGCAACUACACAUCAUGGAGAACUUAAAACCCUAAAAUAUAGCAAUGAGGUCUUUGAAAACGCGUGUAUGGAAUUUGAUGAGGUGAACCUAAAGCCAACCUACAAGAUUCUCUGGGGAGUACCAGGACGUUCAAAUGCUAUUAAUAUAGCUGAAAGGUUAGGGGUGCCUAGUUCUGUUGUAGAUGAUGCUCGGGAACAUUAUGGUGCGGCAAGUGCACAGAUAGAUGAGGUCAUACUCGAUAUGGAAUGUACAAAGAAAAAGUAUGGGGACCUCUUACAAGAAGCUCAAAAUAAUUUGACGGACUCGAAGAAUCUUUACGAAAAGUUGCUGCUUGCUAGAAGAAACAUUAUUGAACAUGGCAGACAACAGAGGCUUAGAAAAGUGCAAGAGGUAUCCCGGGCAGCAGCAACGGCUCGUUCUAACCUUCACAGAAAAGUACGAGAACUGCGUGCGUCCGCAAUUGAAUUCUCCCCGCCCUCUGCCAUUGAUAGUAGGCAACGUGCAGUAAAAAACCCUAAUACGCUAGAUACAACAGGACAAAAGAAUUCGAUGGCAUUGGAUACGCAUCUCUCUUCAACCGGCGACAUCAAUCAGCCACGAUCAGAGGAGCCUGAGUUUCCCACUGUUGGUGAUACUGUGUACGUUUCUUCCUUUGGAAAGAAAGCGACAGUUUUAGGUGUAGAGCCAUCAAAAGACGAAGUAACCGUUCGAGUUGGUAGCAUAAAGUUGAAGCUGAAGUUCACCGACAUAAUGAGAUAAUCAGUCCGACCUAGCAUACGUUAAUUCUGUAAAAUUAACCAACUUAUUAUCUCUUUUCUCUUUGCUAUUGAUGACAGGAGUUAUCUUCCUGCAAGAUUCAUGGGGGAAGCUAAGGAAAAUGUAUGAAUUAAAACCCAAACCCACAGUGUUGAACUGGCCUACACAAGUUACUGGUACACUAUGCAAAUUACGAACAAUGUGAAAACUUAAAAA